ACAUAAAUCCAAAACAGCUGAUUCCGUGUCAUCAGAUCCACAGACCUCGUCGAGCGGUUCAGACCCAUCCAGCAAAACCAGGAAUCAUGUCCAAGAAAUGCAAGAUGUUCCUCAGUGGAGUAGUCGAGGGGUUUUACGGGAGGCCGUGGACUAUGAGCCAGAGGAAAGAGCUCUUCAGGAGGGAGCAGAGAUGGGGCUUGAACGCGUAUCUAUACGCACCAAAAGAUGAUUACAAACACCGGAUGUACUGGAGGGAUCUGUAUUCACUGGAGGAAGCAGAGCAGCUGAUGACGCUGAUCUCCGCCGCUAGGGAGCGUAGCGUGGAGUUCAUCUAUGCCAUCUCUCCAGGGCUGGACAUCACCUUCUCAAACCCUAAAGAGCUGACGGCACUCAAGAGGAAGCUCAGCCAGGUGUGUGGGUUCGGCUGCCGGUCGUUCGCGCUGCUGUUUGACGACAUCGAGACAGAAAUGUGUCUGGCUGAUAAAGAGGCGUUCAGCUCGUUUGCUGAAGCUCAGGUGUCCGUCACUAACGAGCUGUUUCUGCAUCUGGAGGAGCCACACACCUUCCUCUUCUGCCCCACCGAUUACUGCGCUGCGUUCUGCACUCCUAGCGUGCCGCUGUCUGCGUAUCUGAACACAGUCGGUGAGAAACUCAACGCUGGGAUCGACAUUCUCUGGACAGGGCCGAAGGUGGUGUCCCAGGACAUCAGUGUGGCGUCUAUAGAGGAGGUGUCAGCCGUUCUGCGGCGGCCGCCGGUCAUCUGGGAUAACAUCCACGCUAACGACUACGACCCGCAGAGACUGUUCCUGGGACCCUUCAAGAACCGGCCCACCGAGCUCAUCCCCAAACUCAGAGGCGUCCUCACCAACCCCAACUGUGAAUUUGAGCUUAAUUUCGUGGCCAUUCACACGCUGGCCUCGUGGUGCAGCUACGGACAGAAAGACGUCUCUAUGGAUGGAGACGAUCAGGGCUCGGACUACAACCCCCAUGAGGCUUUGCGGCUGGCGCUCUCUGAUUGGCUGGUUGAGUUUGGCAGAGCUGAUCAACCUGACGGCGCUGGCGGGGGCCGCUCUAAACGAGACGAGGAGCCGAUGCAGACGGACGGUUACGCUCCAGGACCCAAAGACAACCCGCUGUACACAGCCGAGCCGCUGACGCUGGACGACCUGACGCUGCUGUCUGAGCUCUUCUAUCUGCCGUACGAACACGGAGCCACGGCCGUCCUCAUGCUGCAGGAGCUGCACUGUCUGCGCAGAGAGGAUUCAGAGCGGGGUAAGGAGGAAUGGCAGCGGAGAGCGGGGAAGUUUGACGACAUGUGCGGCGCUGUAGUGCAGAUGUUCAACAGACUAUCCAACGUUCCCAACCGGAUCAUCCUGUACGACCUCUACAACUACAUCUGUGACAUCAAGAGCGGCGUCACCAUGGCCAAAGCCUACGUCAAGACUCUGGGAGGUCAGACGCCUCAUCCCGCUCUCACUUUAACCGACGAUCCCGAGCCGUGGGGCUUCAGAGGAGGACUGUCCGGAGAAUUCCAGCGGAUGCUGCCGUCUCACGGGAUCUGUGACCUGUUCCGCAGUCCUCCGGCCACACGCGUGUACACCAUACGACCCUGCACUCCUAAAGACCAGCCAGAGGUGCUGAAGAUCUUCAAGGAGAUGCAGAUCGAGACGCAGCAGAAGGUGGAGCUGGUUGGCGACCGGCUGGUGGAGGGUCACGUCACGCCGUCGCAGAACUGCAGUCUGAUCCUAGACGACGCGGCUGGAGUCUGCGGUUACGCGUUUGCCCUCAGCGACGCCAAGACGGCCAUGACUAAAGCUCAGUAUCCAGAGACGAUGCUGCAGGAUUUCCCAUCAGUCAUGGCCAUUCAGAUCCACUCCAGAGUUCCUGAUCACAGCACAGCCGAGCGGCUGAUCGAGCAGAUGCUGUCAGCGCUGAGAGACAGCGGGUCUAAAGGGGUUUUCAGCGAGUUCAGAUCCAACGACAGACGAAUGUUCGACUUCCUAAAGACGCUGGAUGUGUUUCAGGUGCUUAAAGUCGACGGGCUUCCGACCAACCUGGUCAUCAUGGGAACUAAACUCUGACGGUCCACAUACAGACAAUAAUCUAACCAUUAAUUUGUUUUUUAAUUAAUUCUUUGAUUAAAUCCAUAAUUUAGUUGGGGGUAUAAAAUAAAACAAUAAGCCCCAAGAAGCCGUGGUUUACAGUGAAUUUAU